AUGGUCCACGGUUUGACCGUUCGUUUUGCAGAAGCCGCCGUUACGUGUGCAAAUGGCCACUACAACUGGUUCAUAAACACAUGCCAGACACAGUUACCGCAGCCAGAUAAUAGUUGUGAGGUGACUCCACCACAUUGUACCACGUUAACGGUCAACUCGUCCUUCGGUCAGCAGGGAUCUGCCAAUGGACCGAAAAACAAACAGGCCAGGUCAGUCGCUGUCCGGUACCUCGGUCCAGAGCUGCAUUUAUGCAAAUACCCUCUUGGGCCGGGGCCCAGGCUUGGACCCGUUGAGCCUACCGGACGAUUGAAUAAGACGCCAUCAUAA